GAACCACUUGAAAGUGUAGUCUAUCAGGACUAAUGCUCGGUUGAUAAUGCACACAGCGCCCGUCGAGCUUACAACCUCAGCGGAGCAUUUGAAGUAAUCUGAUAAGGCUGGGGAAGACUCUCGGUGCACUCUCCUCUCCCUGCACGAGGACACUAAUCCUAUUUUCUGCUGUUUCGCUGUCAUACGCUCUCCCACUUAUCUCGUCGUCUUCUAAUUGACAAGAGCAGCUCCGUAACCUCGGGGCUGUCAAAGGAGUUAAUAGCGAGCAUGGCAACGAUGGGCGCCACGUCGCAUGGGCUUCUCGCGGGGACUGGGACACACGCGGAGGUGUCACGGCGCUCAGUCGGUCAGACCUACCGUGUCACACAGGCAAACGAAACUUGCAUUAGCACAGCCAGAGACACUGCUGACAUGGCCGACACGGAUUCUCUGCUGGAAACACAAACCUGAACUUAAUGAGCAAAGCCUUUAUUCGGAGGGCUAAACAGCAAACGGUGUGGCCCAGUAACACAGUGCGACCGCCCAUUGCAUUGUGGAGCUCUGUAUUUAUUUUGGAGCCGAUUUUCUGCAGGGUCAGCACACUGUUAAAAGAUCAGGGUCGGCGAGACACCGCCUUCAGUGACAGCCUUGCCCUCGCCCCGCGUCCUUGUCAUUUCUCGCUGGCUCCGGCGAUGUUGCCCGGUUCUCUGGUUGCGUGGAAACUAAAAGGCUGCGCCGAGCGAAGCCUGGGCUGCAGGAGCCUUUCCAGUGGCGCUCCGCGGCUGCCAGAGCGGCUCUCAGCACAAGUUUAACGAGCUGCGAGAGAGGAGAGAGAGGAGAGAGAGAGAGAGAGAGAGAGAGAGUACCUGAUGGAAGCGAACCAAAACACCGACAGAGACGCUCGCUUUGUGUGCGCCUCUGCUCAGCCGGAAGAGCUUGCUGCCGGGCACUUGCCGAGAAACGCAUCAUGAAAAGGAGAGGAAAAGCGGCAAAGACGUUCAACAGCUACUGGGGAGGUUGACGUGUAUUCCCGUUCCUGCACCCAGGCAAUCCUUCCUGGAGCAUGCCCGUAUUUCAUGAUGUCCCUACCUGCAGACUGGCUGCUGCGCCACUCAGUGGUCAUGUGUUUGCUGCUGCACAGCCUGGUGCUGAUGACCUUCUGCUUCCACCAUGCUGCCACCAGUUGCUCCAAGAGCUGCUACUGCUCCGAGAGCGACAGCGGCGGAAAGACGGUGCGCUGCAGCAAUCUGCAGCUCACUGAGAUCCCCCAGGAUAUCCCCAAUGACACACGCCGCAUUUACCUGGACUUCAACCUCUUCACAACAGUCCCAACGAAUGCUUUUGCAGGUUUGCCCCACCUGGUUGAACUGGAUCUAUCACAUAACGAAUUAAGCCAGUUGGAGCCAGGGGCAUUUAGAGGCUUGGGCUCGUCAUUACAAUUUCUAGACCUUUCCUCUAACAAGUUAGUAAACUUUAACUCCGAGGCCUUCGAAGGCCUGCAAGCUCGCGCCAACCUAACAAACAAUCCAUGGCAUUGUGAUUGCAACUUGCAGAUGGCCUUGCCUCGCGUGGACCUGGAGCCUGCGUCGCUGAAAGGCAUUGUGUGCCAGACUUCAGAUCCUGAGGAAAUAGGAGUUCAAGGACUUUCCUUCCUGUUGGCACCGGACAUAGACCUAUGUGUGGUAAUGAAGAGGACUACAGAUGUGGCCAUGCUAGUCGUCAUGUUCGGCUGGUUCACCAUGGUCAUCUCCUACCUGGUCUACUAUGUCAGGGCUAAUCAGGAGGAUGCCCGCAGACACCUGGAGUAUCUCAAGUCGUUGCCUAGCAGGCAGGGCAAGUCGGAGGAGUCUUCCACCAUUAGCACUGUGGUAUAGGGAUGAUGGGGUUACACAUGGGACUUGAAGUGGUAACCAACACCAAACAGGAUGGAGCUACAACCUACGACUACUGUCGUCAUCAGUUUCAGCUGUUUUUUUUUCUCCCAGCUGUUGUUACGGAGCCAUGGUGGGCAACAAGACAUGUGUCUGCGCAAGAAAACCAGGCCGAUGCAACCUAGCCCUGAUGAAUAAUUAAUCUCUCAGCGACCCAUUAGGACUUUUUUUGUGGCUGGGAUGAUGGCCUAGUCUGUGCGAUAAGGUAGAAAAAACAACUGUAUUUGUUGGGGCGAACUCCGAAGGUGGGAUACAAAUGGGAUUUAUCCAGUGGUGCAUGCACCUCGAUUGAUGCAUUUUGCUUGCAGACAGACAAUCCAGGAUGCAACAUCAGACAGUGAUAUGAACAGUGGGAAAGGCAGUAGUGCAAGUGCAGAACUCCAUGUACAACCGUUUUCCAUUAACACUCCGACGGUAUUCACUGGUAUAUUCCAAGUAAAAUGACGUUUUCCAUUUAAA